AUGAGACGUUAUGAUUUGCCCCCGAUGAUGGGAUCGAUUAUUGACAAGAAAGCAACGGAGCAACGAGAAAAAGAAGCUAAAGAAGCCCACCGAGCCGAAUUACCCGACUUUGCCAACAAUAUGUGGAAGAGCUACAUUGACAUCAUCAAUUUGGAUUACACAGAAGGUUAUCUAAAAAUGACUCGCUUCGAUUGUCCAGUUUGCUUUGAUACAUUCCCCGAAACAGAUGCCAUCUUUUGCACGUCUCUUGAUCCUGAAAUUGAAGACCAUGAUCGUCACCAAUUCUGCAAGAACUGCUUGCAUGGACAUGCCAUCGCGGCUUCAACGCAAAUGCUUUUUGGAAAAGGAGGCGCUGGGGUUACUUGUCUGGAACAUGGAUGCAAAGGUGUCAUACUUCAAGCUCGUGUUACUCCCGUUUUAAAUGCUGACGAAAAAAAACAAUUUGAGGAGCGAAUUCUCAACAUUGCGCUUCAAGAAUCGGGUCUCAAAAACCUUGUGAAAUGCCAACGAUGUUUUUAUGCCGUCGUAAACGACCAGCCAAAAGAAGUGGACAGCAUCUUUGAAUGUGAGAAUGAGAAAUGCGGGUUUCACUAUUGUCGACUAUGCGAACGACCUUAUGAUGAGAAACACAAAGAUAAAACGUGUGACCAAGUCAUGACGAUUUGUAUUCGAAUCUGCGCAAAAUGUCAAAAUGAGUUCACCCGGGAUGGCGGAUGCUCAAAGAUGACGUGUAAUCGUUGUGGAACAACACAGUGUUAUCUCUGCAAACAAAGUGGCGUCGAUUACAGUCAUUUCAGUGAUAACGGCUGUCCUUUGUGGAUGAACGAUCAGCAAGUUGCUGCCCGAGAUGAGCAAGAGCGACAAAACAUAAUUGCUUCAGCCAAAGAUGACGCCCUUUUAGAGGCUGAUCGACAAGGGCUUAAA